AUGUUGUUUCAUAAGACACGUCAAUCUCUAACUAAUGAGAGAAUCGAGGCGUCUCGGCGCGAAAAGGAGAAGCCACUGGCGUGUAUAAUAUUCUUCUUUGCGUCACAGAUGACCUACAAUCUGCAAAACCCUGCGACUGGUUUGAAAUCGGAAAAUGCAGCUGGGGGGUCCGAAGCAAGAAACCACCAGUUAGACAGUCUUCUCGCAGAAGUGCGAGAACACGCCAAUCAAAGCCCCUACGUUACUCGCUUCGAAGCUAUUCCAGUUGAGAUGGCGCCGCCGGGGCGUCCGCGGGGAACGUCCAGCCAGGAAAUGCAUGAUACUUUGUUGCUAGCCAGCUUCAAGAGCAAAAAUGCGUGGCGUCAAUGGAUUCAAACAUCUGAGUGGAAGCACUUCAUGCAGGAAACGGCCGACAAGGGUGUAUUUCGACGCAUUCCACAUGUGCGGUGUGCUCACAGUCUGAAGGGCUUGAGAAAUCCCUUAGAAGUGCUGAUGGCUUGA